AUGGCCAUGACCGUCACAUCCCCAGGGGCAAACGCGACUGUUGACCUCGUGGGAACCUCGGGUGUUGCAGCUGCGUCGGGUCUCCUGCACUACCUCAAGUACUUCUGCAACGCGCAUGUGUCUUGGGAGGCCGAUCAGCUGGGUUUGCCGGAUGACCUUCCAGCUGCCCAGGUCAAGGUCACUUCUGUCGAUAGGUUCCGCUACUACCAGAACGUGUGCACUGUCUCCUACUCCAUGGCCUGGUGGAACUGGACCCGCUGGGAGAGGGAGAUUGACUGGAUGGCACUGAAUGGCAUCAACCUCCCCCUGGCAUUCACGGGUCAGGAGGCCAUCUGGCACCGCGUCUACACCGCCCUGGGACUCACGCAGGAGGAGCUGGACGAGCACUUCUCCGGGCCGGCGUUCUUCGCUUGGGCGCGCAUGGGGAACAUCCGGGGGUGGGGGGGACCUCUCUCCAUGGCGUGGCACAACCAGACCCUCGCCCUCCAACAUAGGAUUCUGGGCAGGAUGAGGGAGCUCGGGAUCCUGCCCGUCCUGCCCGCCUUCGCUGGGCGUGCCGGCGGGGUUGAUGAGAGUGCCGUUUGGCGCGUGGCUGACCGGGAGACAAAUGAACAUCGGGUUUUGGCGGGGCAGGGGCGGGGCUUCUGUUGCGUUGGAUUGUACCCUGAUGCGAACAUAACACGGAUGUCAAGAUGGGUCAAUUUCCCGGACCAGUAUUCAAGAACCUAUCUAUUGGAUCCAAAUGACCCUCUUUUUCUGAAGAUUGGGUCUGCGUUCAUUCAGGAGAUCACGAGCGAGUUCGGGACCGAUCACAUCUACAACUGCGACACCUUCAACGAAAUGACUCCCGCCUCGAACGACCCGGCUUAUUUGAAGAGCGUCGGUGCUGCCAUCUAUGGGGGGAUGUCGCAUGCGGAUCCUGAUGCCAUCUGGCUUAGAUCUAUGUCCAUGGAAAUGAAGGGCGCCCAUAAGCCAUAA